AUGCGCGCCCUGCGGUACUCGACCUCAGUAUUCACAUUUGACCUGACCACGCUAUCCCGUAUGCCGCAACUUCCUACCACCAAAGGCGAGCCGCUGGCAGUUCCCAGCCUCCCGCUGCCUGCCACCCCUCGCCCUGCUUUACAACCUUUGUUUCCCACGGGCAACGAGACAUCAGGGAACCCGGACGAAGAGUCGGCGUCUCACGCCGGGAAUGGACCUAGCCCACAGUUGUCCCCCACCAUACAUACCCCAGAUGCCGCGCCGAAGGGCCUGGAGGGCGACGUCCAGAAAUCGCCGAGUGAGUUGCCGGAAGCCGUCCGCGCGCGCCGCUAUUACAGCCUCAGCCUGGUCAACGCCACCGUGCCCCAGGGAGAUGGCACGGGUAAUGAGAUGGACGACAAGCAGGACCGCGACUCCGGCGAUGACGGAGGGUACCUUCCGCGAGGCGGCGCCACUAUGAGGCAGCCUAUCACUUUGCAGGACACAACGCCUACCGCGGACGCUCACAAUGGGCACGUCACCCGAGACACCGAGGGAGAAGGCGAGUCCGGUGAAUCCGUGGAGGGCCCAACCCAUGGUGGCGAAUCGGAGGAGUCAGGUCCUGGUGGGCGCCGCGCGCUCUGA